AUGGCCUCCAGAUUCACUAACCCUCGCCGUUUGGGCAAGCACGGUCCUUUGGUCCCAGCCAUGGGCUUUGGUCUGAUGAUCAUGACCUCUACCAGCUACGGAACUUUGCCUGAGGAUGACCAGCGUUUCGCCCUCCUUGAUCGUGCGGUUGAACUAGGAGCAACCUUUUGGGACACUUCUGAUAUGUAUGGUGACAACGAGGAGCUGUUGGCUCAAUGGUUUAAGAAGACUGGAAAGCGUGAUCAGAUCUUUCUCGCAUCCAAAUUCGGAUAUGUCACUCACGGAGGGACCCUGGAGAUAAACAGCUCCGCCGAGUACACCAAGAAAGCUUGCCACUCAACGCUGAAGAAAAUGGGAACCGACUACAUUGAUCUAUACUACGUGCACAAUGUGGACGAGGUUACACCUAUUGAAGAGACCAUGUGCGCUCUUGUGGAACUGCAAAACGAGGGAAAGAUCAAACAUAUCGGUUUGUCGAUGGUCUCCUCUAAAGCGCUUCGUCGCGCAGUCAAGAUUGGAGUCGUCGCCGCAUACCAACCCGCGUACUCCCUCUUCGAACGUGGGAUCGAGGGUCCCGAGGGAACCGAUGCUCUGGCUACCUGCCGUGAGCUCGGGAUUGCAAUCGUAUGCGCGACGCCUCUGGGUAGAGGGAUCCUCACCUCCACUUUCAGCGAAGGCAAUGCCGUCGGAGAUAACACUGAUAUACGACGACUGAGGAUGCCUCAAUUCCAGGAUGGGGCGCGGGAGCACAAUGCCAAAUUGGCUGGCGAAAUCAAAGUCAUUGCCGAUAAGAAAGGCUGCAGCUUGUCUCAGCUGGCACUCGCUUGGCUCCUGAAGCAGGGCGAUGAUAUAUUUCCUAUCCCUGGUACCAAACGUAUCGAGUAUCUUGAAGACAAUAUGGGUGCGCUCAAUGUUAGUCUCACGGACCGAGAGGAGGCGGAGAUCAGGGCUAUUGUUGAUAAAACUCCUGUUGUUGGUGGGCCUGUUCCUGAUGCUUUCAAGAACAUGAUUUAUCGUGAUACCAAGGAGGAAUAA